AUGACCGACGUUGCGCGCACCACACUAAAUGGAUCCAGCACUGCGCAUCCUGACGGCGUUCCUUUAGAUGGAGAAGUACCGAACGGCACGUUGACCAACGGCGUUCACCACGAAGACCCCUUUGCGGCCAUUAAGAUACCAGUCCUCGACAAUCCAGCCUUCACUCCUCAACGCAAGCUGCGGGUCGUCACGAUCGGAGCGGGCUACUCUGGCAUGAUAUUUGCGCAUCGCCUUCAGUACACCUACGCCAAGGAGCUCGCUGAUUUGAUUGAUCACACCAUUUUCGAGAGCAAGUCCGAAGCGGGGGGCACAUGGGUAGCGAACGUAUAUCCUGGGGUGCAGUGUGAUGUACCAAGCCAUAUCUACGCCUUCCCGUUUGCCCCGUCUCCAGAAUGGUCGCACUUCUAUUCCACGGGCACGGAAAUUCGGGACUACUUCCAGCGGACGGUCAAGGAGUGGAACCUAGAUCGCGAUGUCCAAUACAACACGAAAGUCGAGGCCACGUACUGGGAUGAAGAGCAAGCCAAAUGGCGAAUCGAAGUCCGGCACGAAGACACUGGCCCAAGGACGGAAUGGGCAGAUGUCCUUAUCUCGGCACGCGGUAUACUGAGCCAUUGGAGAUGGCCCAGUAUCCCUGGCCUCCACGAUUUCAGCGGCCACAAGGUGCAUAGCGCCGGCUGGGAUCACAAUUUCGAUUAUAGCAACAAGAGGAUUGGUGUCAUUGGCAAUGGCAGCAGCGCCAUUCAAAUUCUACCACAAAUGGCUCAGCUACCAGGCACACAAGUCACGUCCUUCCAGCGGACACCCACUUGGAUCGUGUCCCGACACACGCCAGCCAAGCUGGUAGGCAGCGAUGACCCGAGCCUUAACCCCGUGUAUCGUGAAGAGGACAAGCAGAAGUUCACGGACCCGGAAGAGCUCAAGAAUUACCGGAAAACCAUUAUCGGCAACGUCAACCGGGGCUUCAGGAUCUUUGUCAAGGACUCCAAGCCGCAGCAAGAGAUCAAGGAGUUCGCUACCAAGCAGAUGUCGGACAAGCUGAACAAUGAUCCAGAACUAUGCAAACAGCUCAUCCCCGACUGGCCAGUGGGUUGUCGUCGAGUGACUCCAGGGGCGGGCUACCUCGAAUCUUUCACCCGAGACAAUGUCAAGUUGACCAUGAGCCACAUUGAUCGGGUUGAUGGAAAGGGUAUAUGGACGAAAGAUGGGGUGCACCACGAGCUCGACGUGAUUGUGUGCGCUACAGGCUUCGAUGUUUCGCAACGCCCGCCGUUCCCAGUUGUGGGGCGCAACGGAGUGGAAUUGGCAGAAAAGUGGAAGGACGAGCCGGAAUCAUACAUAUCUGUAGCAUGUCCAGACAUGCCCAACUACUUCAUCUUCACCGGUCCAAAUGCCACGGUUGGCCACGGCUCCCUCAUCUUCAGCCUGGAGUGGGCGGCAGACUGGAUGAUCAAGUGGAUGCGGAAGAUGCUGGCGGAGGAUAUCGCAUCUGUUGCUCCUCGUCAGGACGUCGUCGAUGAGUUCGUCCGGUACGGUGACGAGAUCAUGAAGCGGUUUACAUGGACCUCAAACUGCCGAUCUUGGUACAAGAACAACCGUAUAGACGGACGAGUCACGGCGACUUUCGCAGGCAGCGCGUUGCUUUUCCAGAAAAUGAUUGAGAACCCUCGGCCGGAGGACUUCGAAAUCCGGUACCGGAGCCGCAACCGCUUCAGGUUUAUGGGCAAUGGCUUCACUGACUAUGAACUUGACGAUGACGCGGAUCUCUCCUGGUAUGUCUAUCACUGA